AUGGAAGACGAAGGGGUGCAUCGGUCACAUUUCUCAGACCUGCAGUGCAGUGGUGUGGUAGUUUGUAGCAGGCGCAUUGGGGUCCGGCAGAGCACCUGCAUCCAACCUCGCCGGCGGUGGUUACCAUUGACGGUCGGAAAACGGCGUGUCUCAAUGUCUGUCUGGGUCGAGUCCACCGCGGACUGGUUGUGGGCUUCAGUUGCUUUUCAGCAAACCGGCUGCCUCUCCGGCACCCGGGGUUCAUCGGUGUCUCGAACCGGGGCUUAG